AUGGCUGCACCUCUAUUCCCGCUCAGCAAUGGCAACCAGGUGGGUGUCGAUCUCUGUCUCAGAGAGUGUCCUGUGAGGGUGAAGAAGAGAAGAUGAGAGUGGAUGUUAGAAACAGGGUUGGGGAGAGAGAAAGAGAGAAGGAAAAAUGAAUUGACUAUUGAUCAUUUGGCUGUUGUUCCCUUGUCUAAAUCCUUGAUCAUUACCAUAUGAGCAAAUAGAAAAACACAGUGAUGAUGAAAUGCAGUUACUGUGAUAGUAUAGUACCUGAACUUGGGGCUUUCCUUAGUGACCACACCCACUUCAAUUUCACUGGGCUUGAAGUCCAUGGACAGAAUAGAAGAGAGACAGGAGAUGGCCAACUAUUGGAGGAGAGAGGGAAAGAAACAGAGAGAGAGAGAGAGCGAGAGAGAGAGACUGAAUACUGUACAGACUUUCACUUUUCGGCAGAUGUUUCCAUGAGUAUCCAGGUGUAUCCAUCCCCCUACCUCCACAGUCAUCUCAUAUGACAGCUCCGGCCUCUUCUUCAGUUUCUUCUCCAGGUAGCUGUUAGCCUCUGUCUGCUUGGCCCCCACGCUGGUGGCCCUGAAGCCACAGAAGUAGCCUGCCGGGUCACACUUAAACAGCAUGGGACCCAGCUGGGGGUCCAUGGCCACCAAGAUCAUACCUGGAGACAUGGGGAGGAGAAGGUUAUGGGUCUGAGUCCUCUGUGUGGGAGUUAGGACUCACCUACUGCACUUGCUGUUUUUUCAAUCACUUUGGUGCCAUUUUCACAACUCCACUUUCACAACUCCAUUUUCACAACUCCAUUUUCACAACUCUAAGCACAAAAAUCUAAACAGAUCAUCAAAAUGGCUCAUGUUUCAAACCUCUAAGCACAUUUUCAGUUGACUGAGUGCAGCAAACAAAUUCAUAGUAUUUUGUUCACGGCACCAAAUCACUCUUUCAAUUUGGAUACAUAUUUGAUCUACUGAACAAAAAUAUAAACGUAACAUGUAAUGUGUUGGUCCCAUGUUUCAUGACCUAAAAUAAAAGAUCCCAGAAAUGUUCCAUAUGCACAUAAAGCUUAUUUCUCUCAAAUGUUGUGCACAAAUUUGUUUACAUUCCUGUUAGUGAGCAUUUCUCCUUUGCCAAGAUAAUCCAUCCACCUGACAGGUGUGGCAUAUCAAGAAGCUGAUUAAACAGCAUGAUCAUUAAAUAGGUGCACGUUGUACUGGGGACAAUAAAAGGCCACUGAAAUGUGCCGUUUUGUCACACAACACGAUGCCACAAAUGUCUCAAGUUUUGAGGGAGCGUGCAAUUGACAUGCUGACUGCAGGAAUGUCAACCAGAGCUGUUGCCAGAUAAUUUUAUGUUAAUUUGUCUGCCAUAAGCUGCCUCCAACGUUGUUUUAGGGAACUUGACAGUACGUCCAAUUGGCCUCACAACUGCAGACCACGUGUAUGGCGUUGUGUGGGCGAGUGGUUUGCUGAUGUCAAUGUUUUGAACAGAGUGCCAGUGGGGUUAUGUUAUGCGCAGGCAUAAGCUACAGACAACAAACACAAUUGCAUUUUAUCGAUGGCAAUUUAAAUGCACAGAGAUACUGUGACGAGAUCCUGAGGCCCAUUGUCGUGCAAUUUAUCCGCCGCCAUCACCUCAUGUUUCAGCAUGAUAAUGCACGGCCCCAUGUUGCAAGGAUCUGUACACAAUUCCUGGAAGCUGAAAAUGUCCCAGUUCUUCCAUGGCCUGCAUACUCACCAGACAUGUCACCCAUUGAGCAAGUUUGGGAUGCUUUGGAUCAACAUGUACGACAGCGUGUUCCAGUUCCCGCCAAUAUCCAGCAACUUCGCACAGCCAUUGAAGAGGAGUGGGACAACAUUCCACAGGCCACAAUCAACAGCCUCAUCAACUCUAUGCGAAGGAGAUGUGUUGCGUUGCAUGAGGCAAAUGGUGGUCACACCAGAUACUGACAGGUUUUCUGAUCCACACCCAUAUCUUUAUUUUUAAGAUAUCUGUGACCAAUAGAUGCAUAUCUGUAUUCCCAGUCAUGUGAAAUCCAUAGAUUAGGGCCUAAUGAAUUUAUUUCAAUUGACUGAUUUCCUUAUAUGAACUGUAACUCAGUAAAAUCUUAGAAAUUGUUAUAUGUUGCAUUUAUAUUUUUGCUCAGUAUAAGUAUCUACGUUUCAAAAUGCAAUAUUCACUUUACUUUUGAUAUGAUUUUCUUGACAUUUGUUAACAAUACAAUUAACUAUUACUGAAUAAAACUGCUCAAAACGGAUAACUACUGAACCAAAAUUAUGUAGUGCCUAGUUAAUGUAUAUAGUUUGAUAACUGCUGAACACUGUAGAAUUAUAUAUAUUUUUAUGUAUAAAUGUAUCAAUUUGACAUCAAUUUCUGUUGUAAGGUAAAACCAAAUCAUAUAUGGAUGUGGCUGUAAAUACUACAUCAUCAUUCGCCAUCAGCUAGUGUGCCUUAAUAGGACAAAGUGGAAAGACUCACUCUAUGUGCUACCAUUUGGAAUGAUGGUGUAGUGAAUCAAUGGAGAGUAAGAGGAACGAGAGACAGGGUGACAGCAGGACAGGGCUACACCACUCACAGCAUCCCAGAGGUCUCAUCUCAGCGUUCUGUGUGUAGACCUGGGAGAUGUCCGCCAUUCUCCGACACAACAUGUCUGCUGUGAUGUCAUAUCCAAACUUGUACUUCCAUUCGGCAGCCUCCACUCGUGCCCUGUGGACCUGGGACCGACUGUCCGCUGAGGGGGAGAGGAAGAGAGAGUAAAAGGAUGUGUGUGUGUGUGUGUGUGUGUGUGUGUGUGAUGUGAGAUGUCGUCUGUGCCAUUAUACACACCAUUGUGUCCUGUCAUCACACAUCCAAUGCGUGGGGUAAGUGGGUACAUGUUGGUCAGAGUGGCAGAAUCCAGCAGCUUGUCCUGUGUUAUAAUGACAGGGUCACAUAUAUACAUACAUAUAGUAGAUGAUACCUCAUUGUUGUUAGGAAUAUUGUGUUGAUUCCACAAUAUCAACUUUCCUUGGACAAGCUUUAACAAAUUGGUGGCGUGUGCCCUGUCAGCAGAAAUGCUCGAGACACCACUCUGUCAUGCUUCACUGUUCAUGACUGACUCUUUCUCUAAAGCCAGAUAUCAACAUUAUUUUUCUAAUUUGGAUGAAGUCAAACAACUAAGAAAAAAGCUCCAGGUACAUGGAGAUGUAGCUAUGGUCCAAAGCUGAAUAUCUUACCGGCACUUUCUUCUGUGUGACCACCACAGCACAGUCUGUCCCCCGCACGCCCAGUGAUGUCAACCCACCCUGCGCGAUGGCUUUGAAGGCAUACUCUGAGGCACAACACAUAAGAACAUGAGAUUAUAAUUCUUAAAUAUAGGCUAACUUUUAAAAGCUGCAUGGGGUACACCGGCGGCUUGGAAUAAUGUAGGUCUAAAGGUGUUCUUGGGAAAGUCUCAAACAUUGGUAGAUUGCUUUAUUGACGGACAUAUUAUACCACAGACAAGUAAAGCACAUUUAAAACAUUUGUUUUUCCCCCAAAUAUUAUAUGUGAAAUACACAAUCACACUAUGUUUAUAUGUUUAUAAUCACAAUAUGUUUAUAAUCACAAUAUACUACACUUUUGGCCUAUGGGGAUGCUCAUCAUCAGAUACAGAUACAGCGCAACACAUUCACAGCGCGAAUAUCUUACAUUUUAGAUGAUAUAGAACGAUACCUAUACAGAGGCUAUACUAGCCAAGUUCAUCCCCUGCAUGAAACAAAACUGGAGGAAUGAAGCAAAAUAUCUCACCGACUUGAUAGAGGCGGCCCUCAGGAGAAAAAAUCGUAAUGUGUCGGUCAAAUCCAGCAUUCGAACCACGGGACAUUGCUUUGCGUCAAAUGAUGCUCACCUAAAGUGAACUUUCUGCGAGUUACCUGUUACCUUUUAUGCAGUAGCCUAAUAGACUUAUAGGACUAUAUUCACCGUUUUUUUCUGUUGCAGUAAAACAAGAAGAUCACUCUACAAUAGAGAGCAGACGACGAUAAAGGUGUUUGUUGAGCUUCCGGUGGAGUUUUACUUUCUCUUUCUUUUUUCAAUGAACCUUGAAAAGGCUGGCACAUGUGUGUUGUGAACAACAUUAGCGUGAGCAGCAAAAGUGGAAUCGGUGUUUUGCCUUCAAAAUAAAAGUUCCAGAUUGAAACUAAAGCAAACUGAUAAAAAUAGUGGAAUCAUGCCACAAUUGGACUAUAAUGCUAAACAAGGUUUGAAUGUUGCUAUACAAAUUCAACAAAAUAUAAUAAUUAGUUAAUUAGACACAAAAAAAAGUUUGGUAUGCGAAACGCAGCAUCAUAUGAUGCUAAAUGCAUCAUACAGGCUGUCUCCUAAGUGGCGCAGUGGUCUAAGGCACUGCAUCAAAUGCUAGAGAUCCUGGUUCGUAUCCAGGCUCUGUCGUAGCUGGCCGCGACCGGUAGACCCAUGGGGUGGCGCACAAUUGUCCCAGGGUAGGGGAGGGAAUGGCCGGCAGGGAUGUAGCUCAGUUGGUAGAGGGUUGUGGGUUCGAUUCCCACGGGGGGGGCAGUAUGAAAAAUAAAAAAAAAUGAUGUAUGCACUCACUAACUGUGAGUCGCUCUGGAUAAGAGCAUCUGCUAAAAUGUAUUUCUGUAUUUUGAAAGUUCUAUAUAUUGAAAACUUGAUUGCUGAAAUGGAAAACUGUUUGGGACUAUAGACCAAUGAAACAAAUACCAAAAUAUCGUUUUUGGGUGGAGUUUCCUUUAAAUUCCUUCAGUAAGAGCUAUGAUGCUAAUAUUUGUGUACACUCUACAUAGUUGUGUUCUGUGAGUGUCACUGAGUAGGCCGAUACCCCAUUUACUUUUUUGUGUCAAAUUAACAAAUUAUUAUCUUUUGCUGAAUUUCUAUAACAACAUUCUAACUUUCCUUUCGCGUUAUCUAGUCCAGGUGUGGCAUGAUUCCACGAGUUGUAUCCGUUUGCAUCAGUUUCAAUAGGGAACUUUUAUUUUGAAGGUAAUCCGCCGAUUGCACUAUUGCUGCUCACGUUAACAACACACUGGUAAGGCUGGUUAUAAUAUGAUCGCAAUAAGGAAGUUGUCAGUGGAAGGAAAUAGGCCUACUGGCAAAAUAAAUCAUAAGAAAAUAUUUAUCUGAGUCAUGCACCAUUAUGCACCAGUUCUGUAUGUUAUACUACGUUUUUUAGAGGAAAAACGUUUUCACUUAGACCCUCUUUCCAGCAUUGGGUAACAUCCCGCGUCCCCCCCUGUGGGCACAAGCAGUGUUCAUGAUUCCAACUGUUCACACCCCUCUUGUUGGAGAGAACAUUUCGCAGGUUUAAAGCAAAACCUUACAACAAAAUUGUAUGGGUCUAAAAUCCUGAUGGUUGAUGGAGACUAUUUUCUGACAAGUUUGAUAAAUUAGCUUCUCUGAAGGUAUUGGCCCUGAUGACAUGACAAGAGGACCCCCCCCCCCCCCCCCCCCCCCCCCCAAGAGGAACCCCCCCGCCCUACAGUAUAUGAAAACCUAUGCCUACUCCCAUUUCAUAAGAAGAGGUAUCUCUCUCUCUCAAUUCAGUUCAAUUCAAUUUCAAUUUAAGGGCUUUAUUGGCAUGGGAAACGUAUGUUAACAUUGCCAAAGCAAGUGAAGUAGAUAGUAAACAAAAGUGAAAUAAACAAUAAAUAUUAACAGUAAACAUUUUACACUCAGAAGUUUCAAAAGAAUAAAGACAUUUCAAAUGUCAUUUAUGUAUUAUACAGUGUUGUAACAAUGUGCAAAUAUUAAAGUUACCAAAUGGGAAAAUAAAUAAACAUAAAUAUGGGUUGUAUUUACACAUGGAUCUCUCUCUCUCUCUCUCUCUCUCUCUCUCUCUCUCUCUCUCUCUCUCUCUCUCUCUCUCUCUCUCUCUCUCUCUCUCUCUCUCUCUCUCUCUCUCUCUCUCUCUCGCUCUCUCGCUCUCUCACACCCCCAAGUCAUCAGUAUUGCCUACCCUUUGUCCAACCAGCCUAGGCAUUGCUCCUCUGCCCAAAUGUCUGGGCGCAGGGUAGGUUUCUGUCUGAGCGACAAGAAACGGAGACGAAUUAAUCUGUUUGCUUUUGCUGAGCUUUGUGCGUAAGUUUAAACUUUUAAUUUGUGUUCUUGCAAACAUAAUACUAAUGUAGGCUACAAUGGAGCUUCUCCUGCAGCCUUACUCAUAUGCGUUCUCCUUGGUGUAACUGUCCUAAAUUGUCACUUAACAUUUUCAUUCAACAUUGAAUUCCUUCUGGUCAGGAGCCACGGUGUUGAGGUGGUUGAGGUAAGUCAAUUUCCAUUACAUUGCAUUAUGUUCUUAGGUUUAAGAUGGAAGACAUCAGAAUAGUGUCAUUAUAAGGUUGCAAAAAAUAAAAUCAGUAGGCAUGUGAGUAAUAGCUUUAUAGUGUAGUUGGGAAACAAGUUAUACCAGUUGAACGAUUGAUGGUUUUUAUUAAACUAUCAUAAAAUGUUUGUAUGUUAAUUUAUGUGUCACAUAGACACACACAACAUAAAGUGUAUUAGCUGACUGUCAUUCCUUUGUUUGCACUUUUAUUACUCCAACUAUGUCUCCAAUUCCCAUCAUCAGCUCUCUCACCCUACCCUCUCUCUCUCUCGCCGCUACUCUUCUCUCUCUCUCUCACCCCCCCCCCCCCCCCCCUCUCUCUCCCUCUCUCCUCUCAAUUCAAUUCCAAGGGGCAUGGGAAACAUCACUCUCUCUCUCUCUCUCUCACUUACUCCUUCUCUCCCGUCUGUCUCUGUCGCUGUCUUGUCAGUUUCAGAUGUCUGACAUGCCAGUCGUUUCUGUCACUGCCACCUGCAGUCACCUGCUUGGAGCUCCUCUCAAACAGAGGGGAACAAUAGCUGUAGUGUUUGCCUCACAAGUGCUUGUCCAAGUUGUGCCUGAGGCAGAGGAUAUUUCAUUCACACUUAUUUUUCUCUCCUGAUACAGAUAGACCUCAGUCAGCCAUUGGAGUCUCAAGGACCCUUUGAGGUCAUUGUACACAAGCUCUCUGAUGUCAUUGUUGAGGCCGAGUACGACAGCCAAUCACAACAGCUCCUCGACAACUUCCAGGUAUGGGAAAAUGGCCCAUUUAAUGGUGUUCAACAGCGGUAACAGCAUCAUAUUUUAUCAUACUAAAGUAUAUGUUUGUGUGUUUCAGGGUUAUGUGUCCGCCCAUCCCCAUACUGUUCUUCUGGACCCCCUUCCAGCAAUGAGCCAGCUACUGGAUCGCUUUGCCUCCUAUCGGAUUAUGAGCCAUCUCCAGAACUCCCUGAGAGGUACAGUACAGUAGCCUCACUGUCCCUCCUCUAGACAUCUAUCAAGCCAAGCACUCUAUCUCCUAAUGCUCUUCCUGAUCCCGCCCCCCUGUAGACUGGCGAAUCAGCAGCCCUCCCUACCUGGAGAUCAGCACCAGUGACCUGUCAGUCAUCCAGGAGGACGUGGAGAGCAAGGGCCUCAGCUUCCCUCUGAGUCAGUGAGGGACUGUCUACAACCAAACACAUAAACAUACACCAAAUUAAUCUUAUCGUAUACAGAGCCUUCACAUUCAGUUUUUGGCAAACUCCUUUUAUCUAAUUUAUAAGACAUUUACGGCUGAUUUCCCGGACACAGAUUUAGCCUAGUCUUGGAAUAAGAAGCAUGUUCAAUGGAGAUUGUCCAUUGAAAGUGCUUUUUAGUCUAGGACUAGGCUUAACCUGUGACUGGGAAACUGUCCCAUAAGUUUGUGUGUUGUAUUGUGUCUCCUCACACCUCACUAUUCCUCUUCCUCUUAGUCUGUAAAACCAGGGUGGCUCAUGGAUCCCGCUCCCAUGAGGUAAGAGACUGUCUGUCUUUCUAUUGCUCAAAAGUAUUUUUGCAUAUUUUGCCAUAUAUUUGUUACCAUUUUCUGCCUUUUUGUGUGGCUCAGUGUAUUGCUACUUUGUUGACACUGUGAUCUCUCUCUAUAGAUGUGUAUUGGUGUUUAGUGGCCCAUGGCUCUCCCUCUAGUUUUUCAGACUUUAAUAAUAUGCCAUUUAGCAGACGUCUUUAUCCAAAGCGACUUACAGUCGUGCGUGCAUACAUUUUUUUUUUUGUGUAUGGGUGGUCCCGGGGAUCGAACCCACUACCUUGGCGUUACAAGCGCCGUGCUCUACCAGCUGAGCUACAGAGGACCACUUUAGUGUCCCUGCUCUCUCUCCAUACCAUAGAUGUCUCUGAUCUUCAGUAUGGCUGGUCUGUCAGAUGCCCACCCUCCCUGUGUGCUGCAGAGCUUCGUCAACCACGGUGCCGUGCUGCACAAGGUGUUUGUGGUGGGAGAGGACCACUUCACUGUGGAGAGGCCCUCGCUGAAGAACUUCCCCCCUGGACCCCAUGGUCAGUGUGGACACACCCUCACCUCUUCUCCCUCUUCUUCUCUCUCUCUCUCUCUCUCUCUCUCUCUCUCUCUCUCUCUCUCUCUCUCUCUCUCUCUCUCUCUCUCGCUCUGUCUCAUUCUCAUGCUUAUACUGUUUUUAAUAAUCUGUUGCAAUAAAACUUCUUCCUAAUGUCUAUGGUGUGUUUUGUGACUCCAGAGAGGAAGACAAUCUUCUUCAACAGCCACGAGGUGUCCAAGCCAGAGUCCUGCUCCCACCUCACUGCAGUUAGUACGACCUCAACUCUGUUCAAUUUGAUUCACUGGCACUGAUUCCUGUACAAACGAAUUCAAUCUCUUUUACCCUGUUCUACUUGACCCACUGUCUGCAAUAGGUCUUGUACCGUAUUCAUAAUGCGUCUCAAAGUAGUAGUGCUGACCUAAGAUCAGUUUGGCUAUUUAGAUCAUAAUGAGUAAGAUCACAUAGACAGGGGGACCUGAUCCUAGAUCAGCAUUCCUACUCUGAUACACUUUGUGAAUACAGACCCUGAACAGAUGAACUGAUCAUCUGUCCUGUGUCCUGUGGUGUUGUGUCUCAGCUGGAUGAGAAGAUGCCAAGGCUGCCUCCCCCCAGUGGUGAGGCCAUGGUGGCCCUAGUGAGGGAGCUGAGGGCAGAGCUGGGCAUGGCUCUGUUCGGGGUGGACGUCAUCUUCAACAUCAACACACAUACCCUCACCAUUAUCGACAUUAACAUCUUCCCAGGUCACUGGACUUUUCCAUCCUUCAUUUCCAUUAUACAUUUGUCAUUAACAGACGCUCUUAUCCAGAGCGAUUUACAGUCAUGAAAGUGACUUUAUACUGCUGUAUUUGCUUCCAUGUUACACUUUCACUCUUACUCAAUGUCAUGUUCUCUCUCUAGCUCUCUCUCAUCAACCCUAUCUUUCCGUCCCCCUCUUCCAGGCUAUGAGGGAGUGCCUCAGUUCUUCUCCUCCCUCCUCAGUCACAUUGAGUCAGUAUUGGACCACCGGGAACUGGAAGUCCCCCAGGCAACAUGUCCUCCUGCUCCAUCUGCCCCCCAGGCUGACCUCUGAACUCUGA